AAGAAGCUGCUUUCAUUCAUUGGCUUCUGUGGAUAAAUCUCGACUUUCCUCACUCCUGCUCAAAGAAGAUGCCUGUGAUAAUCGAUCAGCUCCAGAUGAAUCAAACAAGGGAAGCCAUGGCCACCACAAAUCCUCUGGAGACCCUCCAAGUGGAAGCCAGCUGUUCUGUCUGUCUGGAGUACCUGAAAGACCCUGUGAUCAUUGACUGUGGCCACAACUUCUGCCGGGUGUGCAUCACCCGCUGGUGGGAGGACUUGAACCGAGACUUCCCGUGCCCUGUGUGCCGUAAGACUUUCCGCCACCGCUCUCUGAAGCCCAACCGGCAGCUGGGCAACAUGGUAGAGAUUGCCAAGCAACUCCAGGUCACCAAUAAGCGAAAGAUACGGGAUGAGAACUUAUGUGAGAAGCAUAAUGAAGUGCUUCGCCUCUUCUGUAAGGAAGACCAGGAGGCCGUUUGCUUAGCGUGCGAGAUCUCCCACGAACACCGUUCCCACACAGUUGUGUCCUUGGAUGACGCCUCUCAGGAAUACAAGGAAAAGAUGCAGAAAUGUUUGGAGCCAUUGGAAAAGAAAUUGCAAGAGAUUGCCCACUGCAAAUCCCGAGAAGAAAAGAAGGCCGGGGAACUCAAGCGGAAGGUUGAGGACCGUCGUCAGCUCGUCAUUAGUGAGUUUGAGGACCUACAUCUGUUUCUAGCAGAGGAGCAGGAAAUAUUAAUGCAACGCCUAGAAAAUGAGGAGAAGGAAAUUUUACAGAAGUUGAAGGAAAAUGUGGCGGAGUUGUCAGAGCAGCGGAUUGCCCUCAACAGCCUUAUCACUGAAAUCGAGGAGAAGUGUUUGCAGUCGGGCAUGGACAUGCUCAAGGACGUGAGGAGCACUUUUGAGAGAUGUGAAGAGGCACAAGCCCACGAGUCAAGUCAGGUCUCCGUUGAGCUGGAAAAAAAUUUCUACAAUUUCCCAAGACAGUACUUCGUCCUGCGCAAAAUUAUUAAGAGGCUCACAGGAGAUUUGACCCUUGACCCGGAAACGGCUCACCCCAACUUGCUGCUCUCCGAGGACCGCAAAAGCGUCAAGUUUGUGGAGCAGCGCUUGCGAGAUCUGCCCGAUAGCCCAAAACGUUUUACAAUCUAUCCUUGUGUGCUGGCCACAGAAGGUUUUAUUUCAGGCCGUCACUACUGGGAGGUAGAGGUGGGAGAAAAGACUCAUUGGGCGCUGGGGGUUUGUAAGGACUCAGUAAGCCGUAAGGGGGAAACAACCUCUGUCCCAGAGACUGGCUAUUGGCGGGUACGGCUACUCAAUGGAGAGAAAUACGCAGCUACCACAACCCCGUUCACUCCGCUGCACAUCACUAUCAAGCCUAAGCGAGUAGGCGUCUUCCUGGACUACGAGGCAGGCAAGCUCUCCUUCUACAACGUGACGGACCGUUCCCAUAUGUAUACUUUUACCGAUACUUUCACCGAGAAACUUUGGCCUUUUUUCUACCCGGGAAUCCGAGCUGGGCGCAAAAAUGCGGCCCCCUUAGUCCUCCGGUCGCCCACGGACUGGGAAUAAGGAAAUGACCUAAUCCCCACCUUCCUUUGCUACGCUUAGCUCUUAAAUUGUGUAGAGAGAGUUUUUUCAACUCGGUUUCUCUGUGGGAAAGUGAGCCGGCGUCAGUGGCCUGCAACACCGUCCCCAACCAGAAGAAGCGAAGCAUCGCAGAAGGGAAGAGCUUCCACACCUAGUGUUUAACGUUAGGCUUCUAAAGCUAUUAAGGUGACGUUACACUAGGAAAGGUUUGGAGAAGGCAAACCUUUGCUAAGGGGCGACAAAGACCUUGUACUUUUCUGUAAUCUGCAACUUCAGUUUCUGAAAUUUUGGAUCGCAGUUGCAUCUGGGGGAAGAAAACCUCUUUUAAGCUUAGUAUAGUGUUCGGCAACGAGCCAUAUAAGAUUGCAUCGGCGAUGGGCCAGGCUGGUCAGAUGUGGGAAAGGUAACUAGCUCUUCUGUGCACUGUAGAGGGAGGGGUUCUCCCUUUGAAGGGGUUACAACCAGGCUUAACUGUUGCUUGUAUAAAUGGUGGGGAAUGAUCUAUUACUCGACAGUCUGUUUUUACUGGCAGGUCGAGUGGAUGCAGAAUAGGAGGAAACUAUAGUGCAUAGUGAGAAUGCUAUAUAAGCCAGGGAAGCUAAGGAAA